AUGACGGAAUCAACAAACUUGUGGGAACUUGUCAAAAAAAAUCCAUAUAAUCCACAUUUCUGGACAGAGUUAGUUAUAGUCAGUGAAGAGACGCAAAACUAUGAAGCAAUUUCAAAGGCAUACAACGGAAUUUUAACUACUUUCCCAUUAUUGCAUACCUAUUGGUACAAGCUCGCUCAGUUGCAGCACAACAAGCUCACUGCUCGUGACGCUGCUCAUGUAUUCUCAGAUGCAGUUCGUCCUUCGAAUUUAGCAAAUAGCGUCGAUAUGUGGUACCUUUAUUGCGAAUUUGUCAAGAAAUACAGUGCUGAAUUUCAGUCGCUAGAAGCAGAAACUGUUUUUGAAAACGCAUUAAGCAAUAUUGGCUCAGAUUACAAUUCUGAUCAAAUUUGGUCGCUCUACAUCAAUAUGGAAGAAGAGCAUGGAGAAUACAAGAAGGUUUCCCAAUUAUUCGCAAGAGUUUUGUCCCUUCCAAUACGCAACAUCGACCAAUUUUGGAAUAGUUUCUCAAAACAUGUCGAAUCCCAUCCUAUUGAAGACUGUGUCACCCCAGAAGAGCAUCUCAUUAUUGAACAGCAGGUUUCUGAGUACGCAGAUAAGCAAGAAUUGGCUUCAAUGGAGUCAAUCAACCAAAUCCGCCGCCAAUACACAAUUAACUUGAGGCAAGAAAAAUGCCAAGAAGCCCAGCAAAAUAUUGCCAAAAUUCUUUACUACGAACUCAAAAUUCAACAAACUUACUUCCAUUUCAAGAAGCCAAGCGACCUAGAAAUUGCCAACUGGCUCCAAUACAUCGACUACAUCGAUUCUACUGCUUCUUUCGAAGAAACCUGCCAUCUUUUCGAGAGAUGUUUAAUUCCAUGCUCAUUAUGUCCAUUUGUCUGGUUCAAAUACGCAAAAUACGUAUUCACAAAGACUGAAGAUAUCCAGAAGGCCAUAGAUAUCCUCGACAGAGCCAAUGAAACCGCUUUAUGCAAUGAUCCAGCUUAUCACAGACUCCGAGGCAUUUUCUUCGAAAACCACGGCAUGCAAGAUCAAGCUGAUAACGCCUUCACUACUCUCGCCAAGUUUAAAGGUGCUUUUGCCGCUAUUGAAUCUUCAUUUUACAAAAUGCGCAAAGGCGAAGAAUAUAUUGAGCCAUUACUCAAGUUUUACUCAACAGCAACUGAUGCCAAUGACAUUGCUCCAGUUGCAGCCCUUCUAAACAAGCUAAACCAGGAAAUUAAUCCAGAUGAGCUCCUCCAACGCUGCAAAUACAACAAACUCGCACUCUCUGUUGCAUGCGGCAUCUACGAGGCCCAGAACAACAUCGCAAAGGCAAAGGAAGCUUUCAAAGCCUUCAUAAUUGGAAAAGCUGAUAUCAACGAUAGAAUUGAGACAAACCGUUAUUUUGUCACUUUUCUAAAUAAAGUUGGAGCACCAAUUGAUGAAAUCAGGCUUGCAAUGAAGCAGCAGAUCAUGCUUGAGAAGGAAUCCCGUGUAGAACUUCGCCGUGAAAGAAGAGAAGAAGCGAAAAACACUCAAGAUUUGUCAGAAAACCUCGACAGAUGGAUUAACUACUUGCAGGAGGCUGAAGCUGCAAAACAAAGGAAUGACGCUCAGUGA